AUGAAAAAAAACUUAACCUCAAAAAAUGCAAGAUUAUUAUCAGAAUUAGAAGAAAAUUCCUGCAUGUCAAAUCAAACAAAAAUUACAAUAGAAAACAAUGUUAAUUUAUCUAAUGAUACAAUUAAGAUCAAUACAGAAAUUAAAUCAUUUAUGGAUGAUACUGGUAAUGAACUUCAAUUUUAUCUUCAAGACGAUAAAAUUACUAAUGACACAGAAAAAUGUCAAAAGGCAUCCACAUACAUAAAUUGGAGAGGAAUGGAUUAUGUUAAUUUACUAUUAAGUGAAAAAGAAAAUUAUAAUAUCUCCUGUGUUGUUGAAAAAUGGAAUGAGAAACAAAAAUCUUUUGAAACAAGUAUAGCUGAAAAAACAAAUUCAACGUGUAGUACAACAAAGUUUGAUUAUUGUGCUAUCUUGAAUAAAAAUGAUAAAUGCAAUAGACCUUAUGAAUAUAAUGAUCUACGAGUAAGCACAUUAUUAACAUACGAUAAACUCAGUGAAGAUACUUAUAGUACUAAUAAAACUCAAAUUAUUGAAGAUAGACAGAGUAGUUUUCAUAAUAUUACUAAUUUUAUAUCUGAUUACUAUUACAGAAUGUAUGAAAAUGACAAUUCUGAACUUAAUUGUGGAAAGUGGAGUAUGUAUAUAUAUAAAAGAGGAAUGCAAUUUGUUAAAAUGUUCGCCAGUGAAUUUUAUGAUGAUGAAAGAUAUAUAAAUGAUUCUAUUAGAAUAUGGAAUGAUCAUAGUAUCCAAUUAGAAACUACUGUUUUAGAGGAUACUAAAAAUCAAUGUAAUAUGACAAAAUUUAUUUAUCAAAUUAGAGAGCAACAAAAAUCAAAUAAUCCAUAUGAUUUACCUUGGCUUUUAUCAAAAAAGAAUCACAAUGAACCUAAUGAAACUAUAGAUAAUACAACUGAAUUACCAGAUAACUUACAACCUACAAUUGUAACUCCUAAUGUAUUACUUGAUGCUACUACUACAAAUUUAUCAGAUAAUAAAAAGAGUAUUAAUAAUAACAAAAAUGGUACCAAUGCCUCUGAAAAUACAAGGGCUACCUCAGUACCAUCAGUUACUACAGAUCAGAAUGACCCAAAAACUUCAACCACAAUUUCUCCAAUAGACUCAAUACAUUUUAAUUCAUUAACUCCAAAUGAUACAAUGCAUUCCAUUACUAAUACUAUAUCACACACAACCUCAUCUUCACCUUUUUCUGAGACUUUAACAUCUCUUACAUCUAAAACAUUACCUUCACAUUCUACUAUAAAUAAUUGCACACCUACAGAUACAUCUUCCUAUGGAGAUAUGUCUUCUACAGCUACUAUUGAAUAUCCUAUUACUGCUGUUAAAUCAUUUACAAAUAAUAUUGCACCUUCUAGUACUAUCACUCCACCUCUUACAACUGCAUCUUUACCUCCUGAAAGUGCAACUUCUGUAAAUAAGAUUAUACCUACAAAUAGCACUGAAUCUCCUACAAUUGAUUCUUCUUCUCCUGAGGUUGAACCUUCUCUUACAACAAUAACUAGAACUCCUACAUAUAGCUCUACACCUCCACUACUUUCACCUACUCCUACGAUCACCACUUUGCCUUCCACAAAUAAUCCUAUAUCACCUACAAAUGAUAUGUCUAUUCAUCCUACUAAUGAUGUUACUCAUAAAACUGCAACUUCACCUUUAACACAUAGUUCAUCACCUUUUUUGACAAAUACCAUUGAAAAUUCUACUACUACCAUUGAACCAUUUACAAAUAAAAUUGCAUCUCCUGAAACUGACCUUAUAUCUCCAGCAAUUAACACUACAUCUCUUAUGUCUGAUAUUAUAUCUCCAACUCCACUUUUGUAUUCCUCUGAUAAUACAUCUAUUCUCACAACAAAGGCUGCUUUUUUUCCUACAACAAAUAACAAUUUACCUUCAAAUCAGACAGAUAGUAUCCAACUGGAGAACCAACAAAAUACACAUGCCCCUCUUAAACUGGCUCAACAAUAUUUACUUGAAAAUAAUACUGGAAAUGUUUCAAUAAGUCCAAAUGCGACUGUUUCAAAUAGUUUAUUGACGCCAUCCUCAUCAAAUAACCCCACCGAUGUUAUGCCUACAGUUACACCUACAGAUAAUUUAUUAAUACCAAUGGUUUCUGGAGGUAUAUUUAUUUUUGGAAUUAUUUUUCUUUUAGUUCUUCUUUGUAAAUAUACUCCCAUUGGAUCUUGGCUUCGUAAUAGGAAGUCAAAAAAAAAAAAAGCAAGAAAAAAGAUUAAGAAAAUAACAAGGGAACCGUUGUUAAUGGAUACAAAUAAUAUAGAGAAUGAACCAAUAAAUAAUGAAAAUUAUUCAUUCUUACACCAUGAAAAAGAAAUACCACUAUGUGAUAUGAGUUUGAAAAAUCGAAAAGAUUUGAAGUAUAAACAGGUGAAGAAAUCCAAAGCACAUAAAGGAAUGUAUAUGGAAAAUGAAAAAGAUUUGAAGUAUAAACAAGUGAAGAAAUCCAAAGCACAUAAAGGAAUGCAUAUGGAAAAUGAAAAAGAUAUGAAGUAUGAAGAAAUGAAGAAAUCUAAACCUCAUGAAGGAAUGUAUAUGGAAAAUGAAAAUAAAUGCAUUCGUGAAGUUGUAGAAGUAUCAAAGAAGCAUGAAAAUGAAUUUAUAUUGGGAGAAAAAUUAAAUGAAGAUAAUCCAAGAAAUGAAAUUGAUGAAAUUGAAUUGAAUGUAAAUAAAUCUAGAAAUAAAAUAAAAAAAGAAAAGUUGAAUAAAAAUAUAUUAGGAAAAAAUACAGCUCAUAAUGUAGAGUAUAUUAUGGAAAAUACAUUAAGUGAGGAAGAAACCAAUGAAAUAUAUGUAAUAAAAGAAAAAUAUGAAUGUGAAAAUGAAAUGAAAAAUUUAGAAAGUAAAAGAUCAAUUAAUGAUGAAGUAUGUAAUUGGAAUUCAUGGGUAGAUAUACAUAUGACUGCAUUACUACAGUGUAGAAAAGAGGAAUGGAAAUUGAAUAAAACCGAAUUUUUUAAUAUUUGCUUAGAAGAGUUCGAAAAAGAUAGAGAAAAUUCUAAUUUAAAAGAAAUGGGAAAUAAUUUUGUAAUGAAAAUAAAAGGAGAAAAUAGUACCGUUACAAUGGAAAAAAAUAGUAGUAUAUUAGAGAAAUAUAAAAAUGAAAAGUGGUUUAUUAAUUUGAAGAAAGAAUGGAAACAAGAACAAGAAAAAUACUUAAAAUAUUUAGAAGAACAUGAAAUUAAAAAAAUGACAGAAAUGGGAUUAAAUAAUUUUAUUCUAGGUAAAAAAAAAAAUAUAUGGAAGAUAUGGAUAGAAAGGCAAAGAGAGCUUUCAUACGAAUACAAAAAACAGAAAUGGUUUGUAAAAUUGUUAGAAGAAUAUGAACAAGAAGAAAUUCAUGAAAAUUUAAAGGAAGAAAAUAUAGAGAAAGAAAGAGAUAAUGGAAUAGAUAAUUGUGAAAUGAAAAAAAAUUUGGAAAGGAGAAUUUUGUUAGAUAUUCAUAUGAUGGUAUUAGAGGAAUGUAUGAAAGAAGAGUGGGAAAAAGAAGAAGGAUUUUAUAAAACAAACAUAAUAAAGAUAAGAAAAUAUAAAAAUUUGGAUGAAGAAACAAACAUAUUAGAAAAAAUGGAAAAAGAAAGAAGUUUGAAUGUUAUGUCAGAGAAAAAAAAAGAGGAAAUGGAAGAAUGGAAAAAAGAAAAAUGGUUUAUUGAGUUAAUGUUAGAAUGGAAAAAUAAUGAAAAAAAAUAUAUGAUAGAGACAAAUGAAGAAAUUUUAGUAAAAAAGAAUAAAGAAAGAAUAAUAGAUGUUGUCUUAGAAAGAAAAAGCAAUAUAUGGAAAAAACACUGUGAAAAUAUUUGUAAAAAGUGGAAAGAAGAAGACAACAAUGAAGAAUGGUUUACAAAGUUAGUUAAUGAAUAUGAAAAUGAAGAGAAAGAAUAUAAAAGUACAAUUUAUAAAAAUAGUAUAGAAGAAAAAAAAGAAGAUGUAAAAACCAUAGAAAGAGAUGAAUCAGUAACAGAGUUUAAUAAAAAGGGAGAAGAAAAAAUGAGAAAAUAUGAAAGGAAUAGUUUAGAGGAAUCAUUUGAAGAGAAUAAUUCUAUAAUAAACAAAAAAAAAUUAAAAUGGAAGACUUUAAUAGAAAUAUAUAUGGUAAUAUUGGAGGAAUGUAGAAAAGAGGAGUGGUUAUUGAAUAGAGGAAAAUUUUUAGAAACUUGUUUAGAAGAAUUUAAAAAAGAAGAAAAAGAAAAAUAUCCAAAAAUAAUAGAAAAUGAUUUAGCAAUGAUGAGAAAAGAGGAAGAAGACAUUAGUAUAAUAAUGAUAGAGAAACAAAAACAUCUAUGGAAAAAAUGGGUAGAAAGAAACAAAAGAAUGUCAGAGAAAUGGAAAAAAGAAGAGUGGUUUAUUAAUUUAAAAAAAGAAUGGGGAACAGAACAAGAAAAAUAUGAGGAAUUAACAAAAGAAUCAGAAAUCUUUGAAAUAGAAACAGGCAAAAAUCCUAUGCUAGAAAAACAAAAAAGAAUAUGGAAACAAUGGCUAAAAAAACAAAGAAUGCGGUUUAUAGAACAUAGCGAGGAGGAAUGGUUUAACAAUUUAUUGGUAGAAUACGAAAAAGAAGAAGAACUUAAGGAAGGAAUAACUAAAAAGGAUACGAAAAAAACGAAGGAAAUUCAUGAAAAUAUAGUAGAAUUGAAACAAGAAGGAGAUGAAGAAAUAGUGAAAUAUAAAAAAAAGGAAAAAUUGAUACAAAAAGUUUUGAUUGAAAUACAUAUGACACUAUUAGAAGAAUGUAUGAAAGACGAAUGGCAAAAAGAAAAAGAAUAUUUUUUUAAAACAAUGAUGGAAGAGUUGAAAAUACAAGAAAAUUUAGAUGAAGAUGUUAUCAUAUUGGAAAUAAAAAAAAAAAGAAGUAGGAAUGCUAUAUUAGAUAUUGAAAAAGUAGAAAUAGAAAAAUGGAAAAAGAAAAAAUGGUUUAUAGAGUUAAUAUUAGAAAUGAAUAACAAGGAAAAAACAUACAUAAAAGACAUAUAUGAAGAUAUGAUAGCAAAGAAGAAUGAGGAUGUAAUUAAAAAUCCCAUGUUAGAAAUGCAAAAAAUUAUAUGGAAAAAACAAUGUGAAGAUAUCCAUAAAAGGUGGUUAGAAAAAAGUAAUGAAGGAUGCUUUACAACACGAAUUUAUUAA